UAUCUGCUCGACCUUUGCCGUGCUCGUUUGCAGCAAGUAAACGGCAAACCCUAGGAAGACCCUUCUGCUAGCCUUUUUCCGUGGGAAUCGAACGAGGCGGCGUGGUGGCGAAGCGAUCACUGAUCGGACGCUACUUCCGUGGGUUUCUCGGCUCACGUUUUUGAUUCGCUGCCGAUCGACUUUGGCGUUUCUUGUUCUGUCGUUUCUUUGGAUUUGGAAUCUGUUUCGGGACUACUUUCCGGAGCUGAUUACGAGGAAGAGGUGGGAUGUGAAGAGAUGGAGGGAAACUUCGGAGGUGGCUGCGGUGGUGUCGGAGAUAAUGGAGGGCCAAGCGACGGCCGGCCGCCGAAUCCUUUUGCAGGACCGCAUCAGCAAUGCUUCACUGGGACACACCGCAAGGCUGCUCUUGUUCGUCACGAGUCGCUCACAAAGACAAAAUUACUGGAUAUGACUGUUGAGAUUGAGAAAGGCACUAAAGGUUGUGAAACUAAUUUCCUCCCAAUUGUACGAUCUGGGGCUUGGGUUGAUAUAGGCUUCCGAAAAACAAUGGAAGAUACCUAUGUUUGCUGGGAUAAUCUCAUGCGAGAUUGUGGGACUAAGACUUUUGGAGAACCAAGUGCCUUUUACGGGGUGUUUGAUGGGCAUGGUGGAAAGCAUGCUGCUGAUUUUGCUUGCAGCAAUUUGCCCAGAUUUCUAUUAGAGGACGAGGAUUUCCCAGGCGAGAUUGAGAGAGCAGUUGCUUCUGCAUUCCUGCAGACAGAUAGUGCUUUUGCAGAGGCCUGCUCUGUCAACUCUUCUCUUGCUUCUGGUACUACUGCACUGGCUGCGUUAGUUGUUGGAAGUUCUCUGGUGGUUGCAAAUGCUGGAGAUUGCCGUGCUGUCCUUUGUCGCCGUGGUAAGGCAAUUGAGUUGUCUCAUGACCACAAGCCAGAUUGCAGCAGCGAAAGGAAACGAAUUGAAUCCCUCGGUGGAUAUGUCUACGAUGGCUAUCUAAAUGGACAGCUUAAUGUUGCCCGUGCUAUUGGGGACUGGCACAUGGAUGGAAUGAAAGAUCCAGAUGGCGUGGGCCCCCUUAGUGCAGAACCAGAGGUGAUGAGAAUGCGAUUAACGGAGGAGGAUGAGUUUCUGAUAUUGGGCUGUGAUGGAAUUUGGGAAGUCUUCCUCAACCAGAAUGCAGUGGACUUUGCACGACGGAAGCUACAAGAACACAAUGAUCCAGCCACCUGCUGUAAGGAGCUCAUUGACGAAGCCCUGAAGAGGAAGAGCAGCGACAAUCUAGCUGUGGUUUUAGUAUGCUUCCAAACCAAGCCACCCCCAAUCCUGACUGCUGGAAGGCCUCGAGUUCAAAGGAGCAUAUCUGCAGAGGGCCUCAAGGAGCUGCAAAGUUUUCUGGAUAGCCUGGCUGAUUGAGUAGAAGACAUUUCAUCUUGUUGCUCUUAACCAUUUAGAUUGGACGUGGAGUUUAGGUUAGCUGCUCGGUUAUUUAACUCAUUUUUUUCCCAGGUGAGAUUUGGUAUCAUCCAAUUGUACUAUAUGCGGCGGCUGACCCCCAUUUACAGUGAGUUUACUGUUGUUCUCUCAACUGCUGUCAUAAGAAUCAGACUAAGUUGAUUUAUUUUGCUAGUCUUGUCUCUUAGGCUGCUGCACCGCAGCACGUUAACAUAAAGUCAAGUAAUUUAGCAAUGGCUUGACCUAAUCGAGUCUACUAGUUUGACAUGUAUUCUCAUUCAUGUCUCAUUCAAAUCUACCAUUUGGCUGUUCAUGUGGAACGUUUUCUUUCUUUCA